AUGACGACUACAGCCAUCACGCCUGAGCUUCUGGCAUCGAGCCAGUUCCGCGCCACGGAAGAUGCCUCCUGGCUCAAGAAGGUGCUAGACAUGAGCGCCUUUGAUCACUAUGAUCAGAUCGUCGCGCUGUCCCAAGGCAUGAUCAACAAUGCCAUGGCUACAAUCGACACCUACGACGACAACCCGCUCGACCCCCCCGAGAAGCGUCAGUACAACAAGGAAAUGAGGGAAUGGCUCCAGAAGCACUUUCAGGUUCCAGGAGACUACCGCCCCGAGCGAAUCUUUGCCAAGUUUGCCGACGCGCACUGGAGCCAAGUGUCGCUCGUGACGAAUCCCUUCAACAAGGAUGACCUCAAGAGCGUGUACGAGCAAUGGAAAAAUUCCUCGGAGAAGAACGCGAGCAUCGGCAAUGCCUUUGAGAAGGUCUUCCAGGUCAUCGCCGUACAGAGGCAGAACCAAGGUCUGACAACGAUCGGAACACGCUUCAACCUGGAUGCACCUCCAGGAGUCUGUCUUCUCUCAAAACCCCCGUCACCAUGGUCCAUCAAGGCUACGCAUACAGACUUGGUCCACGACCAGGCCGACAUCUCCGUGGUCCUCGACGCGGCGCUCGUCACGCCCGUGGCCGUCGACCUUGGCAGCAAGAAGCUCAGCUCCCGCCUCGUGAAGGUCUACCUCAAGAUCAGCUCCUCCACGCCUGGCACGCCCGUGGCCAUCCAGCCAGGCGGCACGAUUCAGGUCGACAUCCAGAGCGUCACGGCCCCUGCCAGGUCGAACCCGCCGCAGAUCCAGGCGGCGGAGAGCUGGUGCGACUCAAAGGCGCAGACGUUGCCCGGACAGGCGCCGUUCAGGGUCCUGGUUCCUAUCGCGUUGGACUAG